ACAAUGAAACAAAUAACUUGUAGUUGACAUUUUCAUUUCUUAUGAUAGUUAAUGUUAGAGAAUUGGUGGCUUUAAUUUUUCCCGUACAGUAUUUCUCAACUUCAUGUAAGUGAGAAUCCUGUCCAAAUAGUAUUUCAUCAGUGCAUUUACCCCUUAGUGCUACCCUUUGGGGGUGGGGGGAGUAACUUUGUGAGUGCUUUCAAUUUGCUCUCACCCUUCCUAGCGUACAGUGGAGAGGGCCUUGACUUAAAGGCGGUGACUUGACUCUUCAGUUGCUCUACCUUUUUGAGGCACUAAUUUUUUCAAUUAUUUGGUUUUGUAUUUGACUGUUUCUCUUAGGAGAACAUUUUGUUUCCUGCUCAGUUUGUAACUGGCUGGAAUGUUCCAAAGUCAGCAGUCUAGAGCCCUGGGUGAGGAGUUUGGGUCGUGCUUUAAGUCACUACCACUGCUCUUAGGGACAAAAAACCUUUAGAACUUGGAGUCCUGCCUGUCCCAUGCUGGAGAGCACAAGAACCUUGCUGAGAAUCCUACCAGAAUGCAAUUCUGCUUCUUGGAAAUUAAGAUGCAAUGGAUCAGCUUGAGCAGAGGGUAAAUGAAUUUUUUAUGAACGCAAAGAAAAACAAACCUGAAUGGAGAGAAGAACAAAUGACAUCAAUCAAAAAAGAUUAUUAUAAGGCUCUGGAAGAUGCAGAUGAAAAAGUGCAACUGGCUAAUCAAAUAUAUGAUUUGGUAGACCGUCAUUUGAGAAAAUUGGACCAGGAGCUCGCUAAAUUUAAAAUGGAACUUGAAGCAGAUAAUGCUGGAAUUACAGAAAUAUUAGAGAGAAGGUCUCUGGAGCUGGAUACACCAUCACAGCCUGUGAAUAACCAUCACGCCCAUUCUCACACUCCAGUAGAGAAAAGGAAACACAAUCCAUCUUCUCACCACAGUACAACAGAUCAUGUUCCUGAAAAGAAGUUUAAAUCUGAAGCUCUUCUAUCUACCCUGACUUCAGAUGCUUCUAAAGAAAAUACACCAGGGUGUCGAAACAGUAAUUCAUCAUCCUCUUCAAACAAUGCAUACAAUACAAACUCUUCUCAACCAUUGGCAUCAUAUAACCUGGGCUCAUUAUCUUCAGGAUCCGGGGCCGGUGCAAUUACCAUGGCAGCAGCUCAAGCAGUGCAAGCCACAGCGCAGAUGAAGGAAGGAAGACGAACAUCCAGUCUAAAAGCCAGCUAUGAAGCAUUUAAGAACAAUGAUUUUCAGCUUGGAAGAGAAUUUUCAUUAUCCAGAGAUUCAACUGGAUAUUCAUCAUCAGCUCUGGCAUCUACAUUAACACAGACAUUAAGUUCAUCAACCACAGAUUCACGAAGUGGCAGAAAAAGCAAAAACAACAACAAAUCCUCAAGUCAGCAGUCUUCAUCCUCUUCCUCUUCUUCGUCUCUGUCAUCAUGUUCUUCUUCAUCUGCACUGGCACAAGAACUGUCCCAGCAAACAGCAGUAAUACCAGAGUCUGAUUCUAAUAGCCAGGUUGACUGGACCUAUGAUCCAAAUGAGCCACGUUACUGCAUUUGUAAUCAGGUGUCCUACGGUGAAAUGGUAGGCUGUGAUAACCAAGAUUGCCCUAUUGAGUGGUUCCACUAUGGAUGUGUUGGACUGACAGAAGCACCGAAAGGUAAAUGGUACUGUCCACAGUGUACGGCUGCAAUGAAGAGAAGAGGCAGUAGACAUAAAUAAGUUUCUUCAUCUGGAAAACAAAUUACAUACUAAAGGUUUUAUAGAGGACUUGGGAGAGGGAGGAACCCCCACCACACUUCCUUGCAACCACUUAAGGGUUAACAUAGCAGUCAUAAAUCUUGAACUAUUGAUUUUGCUAGUCGUGUUUUAAUAUUGUAAGUAAAUUAUUUAUGCACAUUGAUGUGCUACAGAUACUAUUCCAGUGAGCCUUGGAUUGUUCCAGUGGCCAACAUAUGCAGACAUUUGUACUAUCAAACCAUUUUCUCUAAGCAGUGGGCAUUCUACAAUUACUCAAUCUUCAAAAAAUUCCGAUAAGUCAAGAUUUUAAAUGUAUGUUUUAUAUUCAACAGAUAUAUUCUGCUGCAUGUACUGUACUCCAGAGCUGUUAUGUAACACUAUGUAUAUAAAUGGUGCAAAAAGUCAGUGCUUCUGAAAAAAAAAAAAAAAAAAGAGACAAUGGUUUUUAAAAUGCCUUUAUAGCUUUGGUUCUUUAUGAAACUUAAUUCAGCAGGCUGAAGAAAAUGGUUCUUGUAUACAGCGGGCUGUUGUCCUCUAGGGUACUUGAGUAUGUAAAAACAAAAAAAAUGCUGUAGAAUAAAACAAACUUGUGCCAUUAGUCUUUAUAUGUUUCUGCUCCGGAGAAGGCGCAGGCCAUAAGAGGAAAAAAAGGUGUUAAAGUGAUGAUAAAUUUUUAUACCAAAUGUGUUUAUUUUUUUGUGCAAGUAAUCCUUUAAAUUUGAAUUGUAUUAGGUGUUAAAAUAAAACAACCUCAACUCCGC